AUGGACUGUUUAGAUUGGAGGAAAGGCUUUAAUUUAAUCAUAUUUCUGCUUUGCUGGAAGCUAACCUCAGUAAGCGGACUGAAGUGUUACUGCAACAGUGACAGUCCCAGUUGCCCCAACUCUACAUGUGAGACAGAUGGGUAUUGCUACGCCUCCUCCACCACUCUUGACAACGGACUACCUAAAUAUACAUACCACUGUAUCGAGCUCAAAGCACUGAUCCCCAUCGAGCAUCCCUUCAGUUGCUCCACAACGAGAACUAGAAAUGAGUCGGUGGUGAUAAAGUGUUGUAAGUCGCGCGACAUGUGCAACCAGGACCUGCACCUGGACUUUCACCCGAAGCAGCCAGAGCCGAGUCAGACAGCAACAGCAUGGCAGGUAUUGCCAUGGAUAUUUGGGCUCAUGGUGCUGAGCGUUUGUGCGGCGAUCAGUUUCUGGUGGGCCAGACGGUCGCCGAAGACCAAAAAGCGGGAGUCCAGGUCUCUGUUCGCUCCAGAAGACUCCUUCUGUGAGACACGGCAUCCUAUGAUGACGGCCACCAUACGUGAUAUGAUCGAGUUGACCACUUCCGGGUCCGGCUCGGGCCUUCCGCUUCUAGUCCAGCGGUCGAUAGCUCGCCAGAUCCAGCUGAUGGAUAUCAUAGGUAAGGGUCGCUUCGGUGAAGUGUGGCGCGGCCGGUGGCGGGGUGAGGAUGUGGCCGUCAAGAUCUUCUCCUCACGUGAGGAGUCCUCCUGGUUCCGGGAGGCGGAGAUAUACCAGACGGUGAUGCUGCGCCAUGAGAACAUACUCGGGUUCAUAGCUGCCGAUAAUAAAGAUAACGGCACUUGGACGCAGCUCUGGUUGAUCACAGACUACCAUGAGAACGGUUCCCUGUUCGAUUUCCUCACCGCCAGGACAAUAGAUGCAAACACGCUCGUCAAGAUGGCGUUAUCUAUAGCUACUGGUCUCGCACAUUUACAUAUGGACAUCGUAGGGACUAAAGGUAAACCAGCGAUCGCACAUCGUGACCUAAAGUCGAAGAACAUUCUAGUCAAAUCGAAUUUGACAUGUGUGAUCGGUGAUCUGGGACUCGCGGUGAGACACAACGUUGCCAGCGACUCGGUAGACGUGCCCUCCACCAAUAGAGUCGGCACCAAGCGGUACAUGGCGCCUGAGGUCCUGGACGAGAGCAUGGACGGGCGGCAGUUCGACCCAUACAAGCGGUCGGACGUGUACUCGCUAGGGCUGGUCCUGUGGGAGAUGGCACGAAGAUGCGGCCACGAGGAGUACCAGCCUCCAUACUACGACUGCGUGCCGCCGGACCCCGCGCUCGAGGACAUGCGCCGCGUCGUGUGUGUAGAGAGGCGUAGACCAGUACUGCCCAAUAGGUGGCAUUCGGAUCCGGUGCUGUCGGCCAUAUCGAAGGUCAUGAAAGAAUGCUGGUACCAGAACCCGGCGGCGCGUCUCACCGCCCUCCGCAUCAAGAAGACGUUGGCCAGCGUGGCCGCUACCGACCCCUAUAAGAUC